ACGUUUGUCGAAACACCGCCAGAUGGCGUAAGGUGAUCUUGGCAGUGUGCAAUCCGCACAUAACCUAGCAAAGUUUCGCGCUUUUCCACAACUUUAAACCUAAGUCAUGUUUACUUGUAUUUUGUAAAUAUGUGGUAUAAAGUAUAUUCAUAGGGUUUCCUAAAGGAUACGCUAGGAAAUAAAGAAACUCGAAGAGAAAUAUGGCGGUGGUGAUCGAAACGACCAUCGGAGAUUUCACCGUGGAUCUCUAUACCGAGCAACGUCCUCAGACUACACGGAACUUCCUGAAACUAUGCAAGCUCAAGUACUACAACUGGAACCUCUUCCACUCGGUACAGAGCAACUUUAUUGCACAGACUGGGGAUCCCACCGGCACUGGGAAAGGUGGAGAGAGUGUAUACGGGAUUGUAUUGGGUGAGAAGGCUCGGUACUAUGAAGCUGAGCAGAUGCCAAAGGUCAAACACAGCAAGAUAGGUCUGCUCUCCAUGGUCAACUGUGGCAACAACAUGUUGGGUUCCCAAUUCUUCAUCGCACUGGGAUCAGAACUCCAAUCCUUGGACAAUGAGCAUUGUGUGUUCGGCGAGAUCACGGAAGGACUGGAGAUCAUCCUGAAGUUCAAUGAAACCAUUUGCGAUGGAGACCACAGGCCAUAUCAGGACAUACGGAUAUCGCACACAGUCAUCUUGGAGGACCCGUUCGAUGAUCCCCUGGGAUUUGUGGUUCCUGACAGAAGCCCUGAGCCUACUAAAGAAGCUCUGAUGAGCGACAGAAUUGGAGCGGACGAAGCGAUCGAUGAUACAACUGGCAUGACUACGGAACAGAUUAUCGAGAUGCAGAAGUACAAGGAGGCGAAAACGAGAGCUACGAUAUUGGAGAUCGUAGGCGACAUACCGGACGCCGACAUAGCUCCGCCGGAGAACGUCUUGUUCGUGUGCAAGUUGAACCCGGUGACGAACGACGACGACCUCGAGAUUAUCUUCAGCCGCUUCGGGAAAAUCGUCGGUUGCGAAGUUAUAAGAGACCACCAGACGGGAGACUCUUUGCAGUACGCGUUCAUCGAAUUCGCCGAUCGCAAGAGCUGCGAGGAGGCGUACUUCAAGAUGGACAACGUACUGAUCGACGAUCGGAGGAUACAUGUGGACUUCUCGCAAUCGGUCGCGAAGAUGCGCUGGCGGGGUAAGGGUAAGGGUAUCCGAUAUUUCGACGAGAACGAGAAGACGAAGAAACGCGAGGAGAACUCGUCGUCGUCGUCGAGGAAACACGAGAUCUUACGCGGACGGGACCGGGACAACGGUAAAAACAGGGAAGAAAAGAGAAGGAAGGAAGCCGAUAAGAAGGAUAAGGAUCACAGCUCGGAACACAGGAAGCAUGAACGCAGAAAAGAAGAUAAAAAUGCGAGAGAGAAGAAUAAACACGAUGACGAGCGAAGAGAGAGGAGAAGGAAGGAGGAACGACGGGAUAGGAACGGCGACAGGAUCCGUGAUCACAGCGCAGAUCGGUCGGAAAAACGAAACAAGAGGGACGAUCAUAGUGAUAGGGAGCAUCGACGUCGUGAGAGGAAGAAGCAUGCAGAGGAUGAUGAAGACACCAGACAUCGAGAAAGGUUGCACAAGCACAAGAGGAAACGGUGAAGGAGUAACGGAGACGGUGAAUUGGAAAGUUUGGAGAAAUGCGAAGAGACAAUGUCAUUGAAAAGCAAUUUAUCUUUCUCCGAGAUCACUAGAAUGAAGAGAUGAACGUGAACAUACGGCAAACAUGUGUAUAGUCUCGAACGGGCUUCUUGAAAGAAAUUAAAUUUGAUCAUUUUCGGAAAGUUGA